GUCUGUCUCUCUCUCUCUCUGAUUAUAUCUGUCUGUCUGUCUCUCUCUCUCUCUGAUGCUGUCUGUCUGUGUGGGGGGUUUGUCCAAUUAGUGCGGAGGUGGAGCUCCGGAGGAAACAGACCAGAGAAACGACAGACGGCUGAACUGUCGUCACGGUCUACUUCUUCCUCUCUAGUUCUCGGACUUGGAUCAAACCGUGUGAAGUUCACCUCUCGGCUUGUGGUCGUCUGUCGAUCGAGUCCGAUGGUGUAUCAGGAAGAUUUCCCGAUGAUCGAAGUGUUGAUACCAUCGAUGGAAAAGGAAGUGGAUGAGUCGGGAAAGUCCAAGAAGCUCUUCAGAGUGGAAGUCUUGUUUAAUGAGAGGAAACAUUAUGUGCUCAGAAGAAGCAGCGAAUUCCAGACUCUGCACAGAAAACUCAAGAAGAUCAUUCAGACUCCGGACUUCCCGAGCAAGAGGAACCCUCACCUGAGGACCAAACCUGGGGAGCAAAGGAGGCAGGAGCUGGAAGAUUAUGUCCAGGACAUCAUCUAUCAAAAUGAAGACGUGCCACAGGUGCUGCUGGACUUCCUCCACGUCCGACACUUUCAUACAGGAAACAAGAUCAGCAGCAUGGAAUCACUCGAUGAUCUGGACAGUCGGGAUUACAGUUUCUCGUUACCACAUCAGCGAGUGUGUGGCUUUUUUGAGGAUCCUUAUCUCUCCGAACGCACAUCAGAUCUUCCAGACAUUGUUGUGGAUGGAGUUCUUCAUGGUUUUUACCCGCGGGAUGUCCGGGUCAGCUUCACUGCCCCCACUUUCACAGAGCCUGACCCCACUGCUUCUAUAGAGGCAUGAGAUUAUUACUGUGGCUUUGCAGUUAAGGAGAAUUUAGACAGAUAAAUGAAUAGGCCUCUGUUUACAACCAGCAGGACCAGUUUUGUUUGGCUCCAGUGGGACUGAAAGCCGUCACCGUGCCUUUGUUGUUGUGAUGCGCAACCCAUUGUGUCUUCAGCUGUUUGGGGAUCUCAUAUUUAAGAGGACAACCAGAAUUUUUCUUGAAAACUGGGCUGAAGAAGAAGUCAGACUCGCACAGUAGAUGCAGUGUGUGUGUGUGUGUGUGUG